AUGUCUGAAAGUGACGCCGACUGCCUCUGUGUCGGCGGGUCGGCGUACGGCUCGAGACGCCUCCACGAGCCCGGCGUCUCCCGUUGCAGGUCCAAGGCGGAGCUCACCAUCAAGCCAUGCACCUUCUUCUGCGGAUUCAAGGCGGAGCUCAUCCUCGAGCCGAUGCUGACAUUGGCCGGUCCGAGGAUUGGCAUCUUGUUCGGCCGGCGUAUUGGUGGCGUCAGCGGCGCCCCGACCUCCAGCGCCCAAGCCGCCGAGUCGCGUCUUCGUCAGAUGCCGGCAGAUUGGUCAUCGCGCAAGGAACUCCACCAAUCCUCCGACGACGUCACCACCGCCUCCUCCGCCGACAGCGUCGCCUGCGACCACCGUGCAACGGCCGCCUAGUUCUUCUUCAGCACGCGUGUGCACCGGUGGCCCGUCCCUGCGACCUGCUGGACCAAUCCCGCGCUCGCAGCUAGCCUCCGGAGGAGUAAAUAGCAUAAAAUUACCACUUUUCGUGUUAUGGUUUCAAAAAACUACCGAAAAUUUGUUUGUAACUGAUAACUACUACUUUUGGUGUCGACUGUUUUAAAAAACCCAAAACGCCCGUUGCUGAGAAACUAAACCGGUUUAUGACAGGUCGGGCCCGCACCUAAACGAACCGUCAGUUUGACCAUUUGUUUUACCGUUAGCUGACAUGUGGGCCCACAUGACAGUGUCUCUUCCUCAUUUAAAAGCAAUCGAGUCCCUGUAAAUGUUUCAAAAACGCAAUCGGGUCCCUGUAAUCUUUUGAAAAAAAGCAAUCGAGUCCCUAUAUCUGGCAAGUCAAUCUCGCCGGCCAUCCCCGCCUCGAUUCCGCCGGCCAUCUCCAUACCAGGUCGCCGCCGCACGCCAUGGCGCUGCCUGGAAACGCUGCAGCGAGCCAUGGGUCGCCGCCAACCUCUUCCUCUCCCAUGGGGCCGGCGAGAUCCGGCACAGGCAGCGCCGCCGCGCGCUGCUCCCUCCUCACCCGCUCCGGCCUCCACCACCGUGCGGGAGGUCGUGCUCUGGCCAGAGAGGCACCGCCGCACGCCAUGAAGGGACGCACCGCCGCCGUUCGGGAGGCCGUGCUCCGGGCAGAGCGGCGCUGUCGCGCGCUGCUCCCUUCUCACCCGCUCCGGCCCUCCACCAGCGUCCGUGAGGCCGUGCUCCGGCCAGAGGAGAACCGCCGCGCGCCAUGGAGGGGUGCACUGCCGCCGUUCGGGAGGCCGUGCUUCGGGCAGAGGGCGCCGCCGCGCGCCAUGCGGGGGUCCGCGCCUGGAGGCCGAGGUCCGCGCGGAAUUAGGCCGAGCGCCAUGGUGGAUGGCGGCUCUGGUAGGGGGGCAGUAGGAGGGACGACCGGGGGGAAGGGAAGAUGGGACGGGGGAGGAGUAGGCCGGUGCAUAUCUGGUGUGUUCGAGCUGCCAUGGCUCGUGCGGGGAGAGAAGCGGGAGGAGAGGAGGAGAAGAAAGAGAAGAGGAAGGAAGAGAUAACUGACAUGUGGGCCCCACAUGCCAGUUAACAGUCAAACAAACGGUUCGGUUAGAUGCGGGCCCGAGCUGUCAUAAACCGGUUUAUUUUCUUAGCAACGGGCAAUUUGGGUUUUUUGA